CAGCCACGUGGUGGUGGUGGAGGAGCCGGGUCACACCGCGGAGGAGCUGCUGCACUUCUGGUGGGAAUGUCGUCCCCUCAGCCCCCUCUGGAGGAGGAAGAACCAGAUGACUCAGAAGAUUGGCAGAUAUUUGAGAUCAGAGCCUUGGGCUAUGAGUUGUUUGAGACUCCGUCCAAACCUGAGGCCCCCAACAUGGCCGGAGUCCAGCAGAUUGAAGACCACCCAUGGACCUACGUGUCAGCUAGGGUGGGAAGGCCGGAAGUUGUGAUUGAAGGUUCUGACACGGACAGUGCAUCACAGUUGGAUGAAACUCCAUCCCAACCUGAGGACUCCAAUUCAGACACUGAGAUGCAUUUUAAAGAAUUUCUACCCAACCCUUUGGUCUUUAAAACAGGGGGUGACCGGCAGAUUGAAGACUACCCAAGAACCUGCGCAUCAGCAUCGGUGGGCAACCAGCAGGAUGUCAUCUUGAUUGAAAAUUCUGACAAUGAGGCCUUCAAACCACAGGGUGUCUUGCAUAUAAAGGAGCACCAAAGGGCCCAUGUGCCAUCUCCCGCACGGAGCCGGCAAGACCUUGAUGUGGUCAAGGUUUUUACCAUGGGUGGUGAGUCAAAAUUGGACGAAACUCUGCCCAAAGCUGAGGCCACUGACACGUAUGGUGAGUCGCAGGUGUAUGAAACUCUGCCCAAACCUGAGACAUUCUACAUGGACAGUGAGUCACAGACUGCCCCAAAAUCUGAAUAUAAUAAAACUUUGCCCAAACCUCAGACCUUCUAUGUGGGCAGAGAGUCACAGGCUGCCCCAAAAUCUAAAACUCUGCCCAAACCUGAGACCUUCUACAUGGGCAGAGAGUUACAGACUGCCCCAAAAUCAAAAACUUUUCCCAAACCUGAGACCUUCUACAUGGACAGUGAGUCACAGACUGCCCCAAAAUGUGAAUAUAAUAAAACUUUGCCCAAACCUGAGACCUUCUACAUGGGCAGUAAGUCACAGGCUGCCCCAAAAUCUAAAUCUAAAACUUUGCCCAAACCUGAGACCUUCUACAUGGACAGAGAGCUACAGACUGCCCCAAAAUCUAAAACUUUGCCCAAACCUGAGACCUUCUACAUGGGCAAUGAGUCACAGGCUGCCCCAAAAUCUAAAACUUUGCCCAAACCUGAGACCUUCUACAUGGGCAGAGAGUUACAGACUGCCCCAAAAUCUAAAACUUUGCCCAAAUCUGAGACCUUCUACAUGGACAGUGAGUCACAGACUGCCCCAAAAUCUAAAACUUUGCCCAAAUCUGAGACCUUCUACAUGGGCAAUGAGUCACAGGCUGCCCCAAAAUCUGAAUAUAAUAAAACUUUGCCCAAACCUGAGACCUUCUACAUGGGCAGAGAGUUACAGACUGCCCCAAAAUCUAAAUCUAAAACUUUGCCCAAACCUGAGACCUUCUACAUGGGCAAUGAGUCACAGGCUGCCCCAAAAUCUGAGUAUAAAACUCUGCCUAAAUCUGAGGACCCCGAAGCCGAGGGUCUUCAUGAAGAUCUAAUUGAGAUCAUGAGGGAGUUUAACCUGGACGUCUACCGGACCACGCAGUGCCUCUUCUUCAACAGCGGAGAGGUGGGCAGCACCAAGCACUUCCUGCGUACCGGUCUGCGUCCGGACGGCUAUCCUAUCUGGGAGCCCAUGGAUGACGAGGACUUAAAGAAGAACAAACCAAAGCUGCGGGCGCGACUGGUAAAAAAAUAUGGUGAGGAAAAUGUCGCCAAAAGAUUGGCGUUCCUGGAGUGUUAAGUGGCUCGCAGAGUGCGGCGUCGCAUUAUAGACAAUUAUGGUGGUGAGCUUGCGGCACGGUGGACGGUGUUCUGGAAACCUACUGUAUGCUGCGUCUGGAAGAUCCUAUGUUUCUUUGUCUUAUAGCUCGAAGAAUGCAGCUGCUGCGGAGAUUACGCAGCACGGAAACGCUGCGUCGGAUUGAUCGUUCAAGAUGGGAUGGAAAGAGGAUUGCUGGAAAU